UGAUUCGUGUGUUUGUUUUGGUUACCGGGUUUAUAUCAGUAUCAAGCUAAGUAAUUGCAUUGCAAUAAAAUAAACAUGAAUGUGAAAAAGUAUCAGUUAGAAAACUACAGAAAAUAUUUGUUAAAUAGGGUUACAGUAACUCCUCAUUUCAUUGAAUACGUAGAAAACUGUUUAGCCAGUGAAGAUGAAGCGGCACAUCAUUCCUUUCAUAAAAUUAUGGUGCACAAUUGGACUGGAUCUAGCACAAGUCUGUUUGAUACCAUUGCUGAAUACUUCUCCCCCACAUUUAUACCAGUGAACUAUACGUCCCAAGGCUCAAUUAGUACAUUUUAUACUAGCAGCCUAGGUCUUGUACUGAAAAUCACAAAGCUUGAUUUCAUGUUUCCACAUCAAAGAAACAUGUUCAGUGUAGAUAUUUUAUUUAAUGACAAAACUUCAGCAGACUGUUUUGAAAACAGAAUAACAAUCGAAGAUACUGUGACUGGGGUGGUCAGUAACAGACUAAAUGAAAAGUUUGAAUUGAACUUGUCCGAUUUUUGUAAUGAUCCAGAGUUUUUGCAGAAGAAAAUUCAUUUCUACAAAAUCAAUUUACUAUCACAAUUUAAAAUACUUAUGUUAAGAAUGGGAAGAGACACAAAAGCUCUUAAUUUAAGUAAUAAUAAUUUAAGCCAAGUUCCAGUAGAUAUAUUGAACUUCUUUAUAAAGGGUAAUUUAGUUGCAGUCAACUUGAGUGACAAUAAUCUUCAAUCUAUACAAGAAAUCAGAGUAAGCAGCAAAAUUGAAAAGUUGUGGGUAGAAGGAAACCCACUUUGUGCAGAUCUGGACCCUAUCACCUAUGUGAGACAUAUAACUAUGAUGUUUCCAAGACUCACGGAAUUGGAUGGUAUCAAGUUAAAUGCAAAUGGAAUUUUAUUACCAUUCUUCAAAAAUUAUUUAGUAACACCAGACAAAAGAACAAAGAUGUUGGUUGACCAAUUCCUGACUUUAUAUUUUUCACUCUAUGAUACACCAGGCAGAAAACGUAUUGAAAUGUUUUAUGAUCCAGAUUGCUUUUGGACUUUGGCAAUCAAUUUUCGAGAGAUACAAAGUGAAUCAUUGAAAUCGUAUGAAAAUUUGUCGCGGAACUUAUUAAGUCCUAAAAAAGGUGGUAAUAAAAAACAGUACAAGAGACGAGAUUCUAUCCGUGGUAUAAUGUGCAACCUCCCUACAAGUGAGCAUGACCCCACCACUUUCACUGUUGACGUAAUUAACCACGAUAAAAGGUGCUUAGUGCUUGUGGUAGAUGGAGUUUUUAGAGAGGUUGACAAUGACACAAACCCAACCAAAUACUUUCACUUCAGAAGGACUUUUGUAUUUGAAGGAAGUAACAAAAACAAUGUAACUGAAUAUUUGAUCAAAAAUGACAUGUUUUACUUAACCUUUGCUACACAGGAAAUGAUUGAAAACAGUUUUAAGAAUCCAACAAGAGGUACUAAUCCUAUGGCACUUCAGAAUCCAGAAGUAGAAGACAUCAGUGCAGUUUGCAAUGUGUUUUCCCGUAUUACGCAGAUGAAGAGAACUGAAGUAGAACCGCGACUGAAAAUCCAUAAUUAUGAUAUCACCAGAGCGCUGAAAGAUUUUUGUAAAGAUGUAAAACUACAGAAUAUUCCCGCUGACAUGUUCUACGAGGAGGAAGAUUUUUCAGACACAUCAUCACUGAUAGACGAUGAAUUAGAUAGUUCAAGGUCAUCUAUUUAAUAUCUGUGCGAGUUGAUACUUUUUUAUUAUCACAACAAGAGUGCACUUAGGCAGAGCACAUACUAACUGACCAACGUGGUUCCUAAUCCUAGUAUAUCUUAGCAUAGCGACGGGGAAGAAGCAAAU